UAAUUUAUUUUAUUGAAUUGCAUUUCUUUUUUUUAAUUGAAUAUUAAUGUGUAGAGUGUGAUUUGUGUUGAAGAAUGGAUUUGAGAUGUGUUUUUGUGUUGUUUUCUCUAGUAUGCUGCGCGAGCUGCCUGGAAAGAGGGAAUCCGUGCCAGUUCAACCAAACAGCUGGUGUGUGCAAGUCCAUCGACGAAUGCCCGUUCGCGAUGACACUUCUCUACGUUGACGAGAAAAAACCUCCAAUGUGCAAAUGGGAGGGAGACCUGAGGAUAGUUUGCUGCCCCACCACGGAAGUUUUCCAACGAACGGGUCUCUUCAAGGAUCUCUUCUCUUACACCGACCUUGGCAUCAAACAGUCUAAGGAUAUGACGUGUCGCUACAGCGGCACCCAACCUCUGCUCUGUUGUCCGAAACUUAUAGAACGGGAAACACCGCCAGAGCCGAGCUCCUGUCCUAAGCUUAGCAGACCCCGCCUGAAGGUGGAUGUACAGCAUUUCGCUUGGAAUAAAUGUCUUGACUACCAGAGGUAUUUCUAUAAAUGCGUGUCGAAGGCAUCCAAUCCAAAUGAACAUAUACGUGUGGAUACCUGUGGCAGCAGCACUUUGAGGGUGUCCGGAGGAUCGGAGGCCAACCCAAAGGAAUUCCCGCACAUGGCCGCACUUGGUUGCCGGAACGCAGUCCCAAAUACGGAGGACGUGGUUUGGAUCGGAGGAGGUUCUCUUAUCAGCGAGAAAUAUAUACUGACUGCGGGUCACGUGCUGAUGUCUCCUACACAUGGACCGAUUAGGUUCGCGUUGCUGGGAACUGUAAACAGGACCGACCACCUCUCUGGAGUUCUUUAUAACAUCGUGAGAAGGAUCCCGUACCCCACCUACCAGGCUAGCUCUUUGAACUACGAUAUCGCAUUGGUUGAAUUGGAGAGACGGGUGUUUUUCUCUGAAUUUAUCCGCCCAGCGUGCCUGCCAGUUCCGGGGAGGGAAAUAGAAUACGACCUGAUCAUAGCUGGCUGGGGUGAGACGGGCUCCCGUGCACGAACUGAUGUAUUAUUAACUGCAGAAUUGUUGGAAAAUAAGACAAUGUGCAGUGGAAAGUUUGAAGGGAAAAACUUCGUGUGGAUGGACAAAGCCAUGAUCUGUGCGGUUGGCAAGAAAGCUCAUAAUAAAAAGCACCACGCCGACUCUUGUAAGGGCGACAGCGGAGGGCCUUUAAUGGCUCUGAUGAGUAAAAUAAAAUGCAGCUAUUCAAUCGAAGGUAUCGUGUCCAGGGGGCCGAGUAAUUGCGGUCAGGGUCAUCCCGGUAUAUACACCCGGGUGACACAUUACCUACCCUGGAUCUUGGAAAACGUCUGGCCGGACACAAAACAACAAGAUCCUGCUGAUAUAUUCUUCUGAAUUGGGAAAUAGUUUUUCUGAACUUUUCCAACUUAGAUAUAAAACUGAAUUUACGGAAAUAUAUCUUUUUUAUGAAUUUGGUUAUUCGUGUGCUUGUUUACUCUUUGGUUAUACACCACAAAAAGUUACAAAUAAAAACAGUACCAUAAAGAAGAAGAACACAAAAAGCGCCUCAAAGGCGUCGAAGGGCGUUUGAAGCCAGAUGAUCGCAUA